AUCUCUGAUGUUUUGGCAUCUCGGGUUAUUUCUUGCUCUGUGGUGGGUUUUGGAGAGAUGGGGGAAGGUGGUUGCGGAGGUGGCUACGUGGUGCUGUUGGAAUUGUCCCUGCAAAGAGGCUCAGCCCCCUCCGGGGGUGAUGGGAGCUCCCUAGCGUGCUUCUGCUUUAUUCCGAGCCCAUAUUUUGUGCCUGCUGCUGUCCCCCUCUUCCUCCCCUCCAUGAUCCCGUUAGGAUUUAGCCCUUAAUUCCCUGGGAGCACCAGACUUUCCCCUGUGCUGGGCUGGGUGCAGGAUGAGCAUCCAGGCAGCCUCCCGCAGUUGUCAUCUCCAUGUGCCUUCUCCCCAUCUGAAUGAGCUUGGCCCGCUUGGGAGCACGGCUGGUCCUAAAAAUAACUGCAGCAAAGCUCCAUGAGCACCAAUGACCCCCCCCGAGAUCUCCUGGUCCCAUAGGGGAAAGCUGAUCCUGGGAAGAGCAGGGAUAGUGCUGGAGGGGGAUGCAUGAGAUGGAAACAGAUUUCCAUGGGUUAACAGGGAAGGAGAGAACCUGCCCUGACUCUUUGCACUGCGCAGAGCCCAAGGAGGUGGCAGCUCCCGGUUUUCAAUGCCCUCAGCAGUAGAAUUCCCUGCAUCCCAAAGGAUGGAGGGGAUGAGGCAACUCGGAGAACUUUUGCCUUGGGACCAGCCGAUGCCUCGGCACUGGCACCUAAAGCGGCCUGGAUCGGUGCCACCGCCUCUGCCUACGCUUGCCCUGUGGCUCGAUGCUGCUCGGUGCGGAGCCCUCUCACGUGCCCUCUCCGCUGCCUGGGGUAGCUCAGGUGUGCCAGGGAGCCUGCGCACGGGAGGGAGGUGCUAACAUUGGGAAGUCCUUGCCAGGCUGGUUUGGGGCGCUGUGGCCGUGGUCCCCGCGCUCCGUUGCCAUCGUUACCGGGUGCUGUAGCUCACUGAGCCUUGGCGCUGGUGGUUUAUUAGAGCAGCAUGUGAGGCCGGGGCCAGGAGGGGGUGAUGGGGGGGAAGAGAUCUGUGGCUUUGGGAAGUUCAAAGCAAUUGGGAUGUGAGGUGGUUUUUUCUUUGUCCUUUUCCCCCCUUUGGUUCAAUCUCCUCCCUGCUUUUCCUCCUGGAAACCACAUAAAUCCCUGUCUUAAUGCUGUGGUCCCAAUUAAUGGAUUCUGACAUGGAUUAUGAGAGGCCAAACGUAGAAACUAUCAAGUGCGUCGUGGUCGGGGACAACGCGGUGGGCAAGACCCGACUCAUCUGCGCCCGCGCCUGCAACGCCACUUUGACCCAGUACCAGCUCCUUGCCACCCACGUGCCCACAGUGUGGGCCAUCGACCAGUACCGGGUCUGCCAGGAGGUGCUGGAGCGCUCCCGGGACGUGGUAGAUGAUGUUAGUGUGUCCCUGCGGCUCUGGGACACCUUUGGUGACCACCACAAAGACAGGCGCUUUGCCUAUGGCAGGUCCGACGUCGUGGUUUUGUGCUUCUCCAUCGCCAACCCCAACUCCCUGCACCACGUGAAGACCAUGUGGUACCCAGAGAUCAAGCACUUCUGUCCCCGCGCGCCCGUCAUCCUGGUGGGCUGCCAGCUCGACCUGCGCUACGCCGACCUGGAGGCCGUCAACCGGGCACGGCGACCCUUGGCCAGGCCAAUCAAACCCAAUGAGAUCCUUCCCCCGGAGAAGGGGAGGGAGGUGGCCAAGGAGCUGGGCAUCCCCUAUUACGAGACGAGCGUGGUGGCCCAGUUUGGCAUCAAGGACGUCUUCGACAACGCCAUCCGCGCCGCCCUCAUCUCCCGCCGUCACCUGCAGUUCUGGAAGUCCCACCUCCGCAACGUGCAGCGGCCUCUCCUCCAAGCCCCCUUCCUGCCCCCAAAGCCCCCUCCACCCAUCAUCAUGGUCCCGGACCCCCCUUCCAACAACGAGGAGCGUCCUGCCCACCUCCUGGAGGACCCGCUGUGCGCGGACGUCAUCCUGGUGCUGCAAGAGAAGAUCAAAAUCUACGCACACAAGAUCUACCUCUCCACCUCCUCCUCCAAGUUCUACGACCUGUUCCUCAUGGACCUGAGCGAGGAGGAGCAGCAGAGCACCGCGGGGCACGGCUUCGGGGUGGCCGUCACGGCGGCCGCCGAGCGGAUGCUGCACCAAGAGGAGAGGCACCACGGGCGGGAUUUCCUCCUCCGUGCUGCGAGCUUUGAUAUCUGUGAGAGCACCGAGGAGGCCGGGUCUGGCCAGAGGAAACCGUGCCUUAGAGCCUCCACCAGUGAUGGGAUCCUGCGGGGCAACCGCUACGAGAACGGGGAGCACGGGCUGCGGCGGGGACGGAACCUGUCCUCUUGGAGCCGGGCGUUCACCAGCAUCCAGGAGGAGAUGGCAGAAGACCCCCUGACCUACAAGUCCAAGCUGAUGGUGGUGGUGAAGAUGGACGCUUCCAUCCAGCCGGGUCCUUUCCGGGCCGUGCUGAAGUACCUGUACACAGGGGAGCUGGAUGAGAACGAGCGGGACCUCAUGCACAUCGCUCACAUCGCUGAGCUGCUGGAGGUGUUCGACCUCCGCAUGAUGGUGGCCAACAUCCUCAACAACGAGGCGUUCAUGAACCAGGAGAUCACCAAAGCCUUCCACGUCCGGAGGACCAACCGGGUGAAGGAAUGCCUGGCCAAGGGGACUUUCUCGGAUGUCACCUUCGUGCUGGAUGAUGGUGCUAUCAGUGCCCACAAGCCCCUGCUCAUCUCCAGCUGCGACUGGAUGGCCGCGAUGUUCGGCGGCCCCUUUGUGGAGAGCUCCACCAACGAGGUGGCACUUCCUUACACCAGCAAGAGCUGCAUGCGGGCGGUGCUGGAGUACCUCUACACCGGGCAGUUCAGCUCCAGCCCCGACCUCGACGACAUGAAGCUCAUCAUCCUCGCCAACCGCCUCUGCCUGCCGCAUCUGGUGGCUCUCACUGAGCAGUACACGGUCACCGGCCUGAUGGAGGCGGCACAGAUGAUGGUGGACAUCGAUGGGGACGUGCUCGUGUUCCUGGAGCUGGCUCAGUUCCACUGCGCCUACCAGCUGGCGGACUGGUGCCUGCAUCACAUCUGCACCAACUACAACAACGUCUGCCGCAAGUUCCCCCGGGACAUGAAGGCCAUGUCGGGAGAGAACCAGGAGUACUUCGAGAAGCACCGCUGGCCGCCGGUGUGGUACCUGAAGGAGGAGGAUCACUACCAGCGGGCGAAGAAGGAGCGGGAGAAGGAAGACUACCUCCACCUCAAGCGGCAGCCCAAGAGGCGCUGGCUCUUCUGGAACGCCUCCUCCUCCCCUUCCUCCUCUCCUUCGUCGUCGGCAGCCACAGCCUCCUCUUCCUCCUCCUCUUCCUCCUCCUCGGCUGUGGUUUGAGAGCCCGUCCUCGCCCUGGCUCCAGCAUCCCGGGGAGGAGGAGGAGGAGGAGGAACGGGGGAGCCCUGCCCCAGCGCCAGGCGUGGAGCAGCCGCCAGCAGCCGAAGCCCUGGAGGAGACGAUGGCAGCAGGGGCUCACCCCUGGGGAUGCGCAGCAGCUCCUGGAGCCCUG